AAUAGUCUCAUCUUGAUGCCCUCUGGUCUCAUUCCCUUUCCCUUCCAUCUCUUCUCCUUUCACCAUCCCUCGCUCUCUCGGAACCCCUCACACACUGACCUGCGGGGAGAACAGAGGGAGAUCAUGCUGUCUGUACUGGCACUGACGUCCGUGGUGCUCUUGGGCAUAGCCUCUCAGACCACGGCUAUUGUUGUGUACACAAGCUGGGAGAGACAUGCGCUGGUGGGCACAGAUGUCAGACUCUCCUGCUCUUUCUUCUCUUGGCAAUGGACUUCUCCAGACGUAACCUUCUCAUGGCACUACCGUCCAGAUGGGGCAAAAGAAGCCAUCUCUAUUUUCCACUAUGCCGGCGGAAUACCCUAUGUGGAUACCAAAGGCCCGUUCCGGGACCGUAUGGAAUUUGUGGGGAACCCCAGUCGCCGCGAUGGUUCUAUCCUUCUAAAGAAUGUUGACUUUGCAGACAACGGAACCUUCACCUGUGAUGCCAAGAACCCACCUGACAUUGCUGGCAGCCCCUCUCACGUUCGACUGCUUGUGUUUGAGAAGGUUCCAGUCCAGGCUGGUGUGAUAACAGGAGCAAUUAUUGGCGUAGUGUUGGGACUGCUGAUCCUCAUUGUGGCAAUUUACUAUCUGAUGCGUUUCCUGGUGGCCAGACGAGUGUUCAGCUUGAGCAUGAGUAAACAUGGCAGGAAAGGCAAAGGAAAAGAAGGAUCACAGCAAAAACAGAAACCAAAAGUUCCCCUGGUGUUCAUCUCCUUCUAACCCCUCGUUUAGCACUUCACUCUCUUCUUUCUUCUUCUUCUCUUCUGUAAUGAAACUACCUGCCUUAUUGUGGUUCCUCUUAUCCGUUAAACUCAUCUGACCAUUCCCACCUAACCCACAAGCCCUUCUUUUUCCUUCUCUCCUUUCUCUCAUUCUUGCUUUCUUUUUAUUCCUCUAUUUCUCUCUCUCUCUUUCCUCCCGUAGUGACUCACUCCUGCCCUCUCCACACUCCCUCUCUUUCCAGGCUUUGGCUGUGACGGAUCCGGCCAAGCUUAAAGCGGCAGCGUCUGAGAAGAAGAAACAGGAGUCUCGCAGGGAGAAGAAAUAGGGAUUGUGGAGCAGAGAGCUAGAGCUCCAGAGCGGGGCCACCUCCACCCAGACCCAAGCCCAGGAAGAGGCUGCGGGGAUGGGCAGGCAGGACAGGGUUCUUAUGACCAUUGAGCUAGAGCUCACUAAACAGGAGAGAGAGGGAGGGCAAACUAAAACGAGUCCCGCUACGGUCUUUUCUCAACUCGCGCGCAAAUUCACUCUCAAGUGAGAGGGACGGCUAUGAAAAGAGGGGGUGGUGGAGAGUUUUGGAGGCAAGGAGAUAACGAUAAAUCCUUAAAAACAGGAGGACAGGAGAGAGGUGAAAUUUCUCAUUUUGAUUCAAUUCCAAAAAAAAAAAAAACUGUGUCCAAUCAAUAUGCAACACGAUAAAUCUACAAACACAAUAUCUAUAGAUUUACUUGCAGCUGUGACAAAAUAUUUUAUGAUUAUAACAAAUAAUUAUUAUAUAGUUUGAUAUCAUGUGGGUUGUUUGUGUUCUGUCAUUGUUAUGUUCAGCUAUAUAGCUCCGCCCACAUUAAAAUCUAAUUCAUUCCAAAGCACUCUCUGGAUUUUUUUUCUGGAGGUUCAAAAUUCUGAACUGUAUUUGUAUUUAUUUCAUUUCAAUGCAUUGUGAUUAUAAACUAUACAAUCAGUUUAACAAUUUGCAAGAAAAUAUCAUUAUUGUUUUUUUUUAUAUAUGAAUUUCAGAAUCUGUUAGUAUUUGAUUUGACUUUUGCUUUUAUAACAGCAGCUUUCAAGCUGCUUGAACUCCACAGGUUUGUGUAAAAACUGAUUUGAGAUGAUCAUUUUAAGUCCUAAAUCCUAAAACCUUCUGGGAUGUUUCCAGGUUUAAAUGAGCUCAAAUCCCAGGUUUUUAUUGUGGACUUUUGUUCCCACUGGAGUCGUAUAUUGUACAUCUGUUCUGUGAAAAUGCGCUCAGUAUUUGCUUUCAGGGAAAACAAGUUGUUGUGUUGCAACUGGUUAGGACACAGGUUUUUUUUUUUUUUUUUUUGGUUACAAAAAAAAUCACACAUUCACAACAAAACCCAGAGCUCAGAGCCGUCCAUUACACACACACUGACAGUUUGUGAGAGCUGUAAUAGUGGCAGAAUGGUUUCCCCUUGUUAAGUGACAGACAACUCUCUACACAUUCAAUCUUAUACAAGAACACAAUCCAAGCUGCACACUUUUCACACUUUAUACUUUUGUUACAAAAUGGUUUAGACACUUUAUAUUAACUGUCUUUUUUUUCAUUCCCUCCCUCUAUUUCUAUUUUUCUCUGUUUUACUUCCUGACUCUCUGUUUUGUCUGUCUUUGGUCUUCCUAUUCUUUAAUCUCUCUAACAUUUGUUUGGUAUAUAUAUAUACUUUGUCUUCUAUUUUUUCACUAUUCUUGUCAUUUGAUAUACUGGUGCUAUUACAUCACUUCCUGUAGGCCGGCCCCCUAAAGUAGCCUCCCUCCCCAUCCUUAUUUUACUGAGAGCUAAAUAUAGCACUAGAUCAUGGAAUCAAAUACACACUUCCUCACAAAAUUUCAUUUCAGUCACAUAAAAUUUUUUCAUAUUUUGUCCAACACACACUAACAAUCAUCUCAUGUAUCCCAUCAAGCAAUUUUAAGUGCUAUUCCAAUAGGUUUUUGACAGGAAUUUGAAUCUGAUUUAGAGUUGGUGUGUUUUUGCUCUGACUGCAGUGACUGAAAUACCCAAAAUGACGUCGAUACUGCUGGCAGAGACAUUCACGCGCUGUGUGAGAGUUACUUGAUACUCUAAGUCAAAUUCUCAUGUCUGUCCACACAAGCUGUUGUCUGACAAACAGCUGAUUAUUUUAACACUCUCUUGUAACUGGAGAGCUAUCUGUGUCUUCCUUCUGUCCAGUGAGGGCCGGCUCCUACCGUUGCACUUUUCCCCCAACCAUCUCCACACAUCAUUGGCAAGGCCCAUCACUCCAACACGAGUCAUAGUUUUACUUCACCUCUCUCUAAUCCUCCUCUAACUAUCACGAAUGCUCAUCCACCACCACCUCUUGUCAUUCCCUGUUUCUGCUGGUAAGAAUACCCCUGUGCUCUCUCCUGCCCCCUGCUGCCCACAGGAUAAAACAUUUUAAUUUGGCCGUACUGUUGCAAAGAUGUCAAUGCAAAAAAAAAUUUAAGUUCUUUUAGCUAGCUCUCUGCUGACUACGAUAGAUGCGUGUUUUUCACGACUUUUGCAUGUGUGUGUUUUAAGUCUGAUGAUAUGUCUGUAACCUGUCAACGUGUUUGGGGAGCAAAACUACAUAAAAACAACAUUGUAGAAACAUUCGUCAUGUCAUUGUUAGUAAUGACAAGCUGUGCAGCAGCACCCUGGGACUGUUUGUGUGUUGGAAGCAGAAAUAUAAUAGAGUUUAAUGAUGUUUAAUAAUAUUUCUGCACUUUCAUUUGACUGACAUGGCAGAAUUCAUGUGGUUGUUUCUUCGUGACAGUGUUUACCAUCAUGGUGUUGGCAUGUUAAGGCUGCGGGAAGUGAUGCAAUGAGGGUGGAAAGGUUUUUGGAUUUUUGAGAGAGACAUAAAUUAUGAAAUACUGGGAUGAAGACAUGGACUGAACUCAUAUUCAGGUGAAAAGUCAAGCCAAAGUACAAUAAACAUCUCAGUCUCACAGGAUAUGUUUUUCUGUUCAAGUCUUCAUGUCUAUGCAUGUCAGCCCCAAACCAGACAGGGGCUCUCAUUGGGAAUGCUAGGAAAAGCUAUAGAAUUGCAAGGGCUUGUGGGAAUUAUGUUUGUCAGCCUACAGACAGAUGAUUUUUAUGCAUCUCAGAGUAAAUGUCGAGCAGCCACAUGGUACCUGCCAUUAAACUGUGUUUAAAUAUCGGGGAAUUCCCAUGUUGUAUGUAUUGUGCACCUUUAUUGGUACAGGUCUAGGUAACCGUUCUUUCUUCAAACUCCAUUAAAAAGUCUAAUUAUUUUAUACAUUUAUUUUGACUUUAACACAGCUAACUUUGGAUUUCUGUAAAAUGUCUUGUAAAAAGAAAAUCUCAAGUUAGAAUAAUUUCAGAAAAACGUCAAUAAAAACAAAAUCAGA